AUGGCUUUCAUUGCUCUCAAGCCUACAGCUUUCUCAUUACGUGUUUUCCCUCGACUCAGGUUUACCAGUGCUAUCAACCCGCUUCCCCAGGCGAGAUCCCAACACCGCUCGAUUUCAUCCUACCUUAUUACACCCAAAGAAUUGAAUGAUGGCUUGAAAAAGAAUGUACGGACCAAGAUCUCGACUUCCCCUAGAGUUAUUCCCCUUUGCGCGGCUUGGUUUUUGCCCAAUGACCCUGAACGUCGAACCGGAAUCGAAUCAUUUAAGAAAAAGCGGAUCCCGCAAGCGCGUUACUUUGAUUUAGAGGAUGUGAAGGAUGCUAAUUCGCCAUAUCCUCAUAUGCUGCCGACAAAGGAAAGGUUUGCGGAGGCUAUGCAAACUUUGGGAAUACGUCGGGACGACGAAGUUGUGGUCUAUGAUACUGAAGAACUGGGAUUGAUGAGUGCUCCCCGUGUUGGCUGGACCUUAAGAUAUUUUGGCCAUCCUAAUGUUCGCAUUUUGAAUAACUUUUGGCUAUGGGUCAACGAAGGUUAUCCUACUGAAUCGGGUGAGAUUACAACUGAAGAGAGAUCUAGGUACCAAGUCGACACAUAUCACCCGGAAAUGGUAGUUUAUUUUGAAGAAAUGAAACAGAUUGGCCAAGAUCACGGAAAAGAAGGUGCGGAUGGUGUUCAAGUUUUGGAUGCCCGUCCUGCGGGUCGAUGGUCCGGGGAAAGCCCAGAGCCUCGACCAGAGUUGUCGUCGGGCCAUAUGCCAGGAUCCCUUAGCAUUCCUUUUCAGGAUCUGCUUGACCCAAACACCAAAGCCUUGCUCUCGGAGUUGGAGCUACGCAAAGUAUUCGAGUCAAAGGGCGUCGACCCGUCUCGAUCGAUCAUCACAUCUUGCGGAUCCGGGGUUACUGCUGCAGUGAUUGAUCUGGCUUUGAAUGAGGCUGGAUAUGGCAACCCAGAGACUAGAAGGUUGUAUGACGGAAGUUGGUCGUAG